AUGCCGGACCCGCUCGGGGUUGCCUUUGCCUGGGAGGUUCCGGCUGGCCACACCAGCGUCCCGCCCCGCCGCCACCUCCGGGAAUACCCCGGCCGGGCCCCGGUCACUGCGCGCUUCUCCGAGUGCGAGGAAACCACCUGCGCUGUUUGCUUGGGUUUCUUCCAGGAUCCUGUCAUGAUCCUGAGCCUCGGGCACAAUUUCUGCCGGCGGGCGGCCUCCGCCCCAUCCGGCAGCUGGCCGACGUGGGGGGGGGGCCGUGCAGGAGCUGGCCCCGCCGCCGGGGCAGGAGCUGUACCACACGCACCAGCGACCCCUCACUCUCCUCUGUCACCGCGAUGGAGUCCUCGUCUGCACCGCCUGCGUCGAGCAUCGCGCCGACCCCGCCGUGCCGCUCGAAGAGGCUGCUCGCUGGUACAGGGUGCGUGGAUCCCCGUCUCAGACACUCUCCCCCUGCCUGAACUUCUUGGAGUGCUCUUUGGAGAAGCACCUUCUUGGAGACGUGAGUCCGGCUUCAGGGACUUACUGAAUCCACAUAGCCCCAUGAACAUCCCUCUCCCUGCCAGCAACCAUGACCCUGGAUCCAGCCACAGCUCACCUGCAAAUCCUGGUGUCAGCAGAUGGCUGACCGCAGGCCGCUGGGAAUCACCCCCAGCUCCUCUGCCCUCAGGAAUGGAAUGUUUUGAGUCUCUCUACUGUGUUUUGGGUUGGCAGGGUUUUGUGGGGGGCCAGCAUUGCUGGGCUGUGGAGGUUCGUCCCGGUCCUGACUGGGCACUGUUGGUGGCUCGCGAACUUGUGUCCCACAAGGGCUGCUUCGGUCUCAGCCCUGAACGUGGGGUUUGGGCCAUGGGGCAGUGGUUGGGGCAGCUGCAGGCUCUCACUUGGCCCAGCUCCGUAUCUCUGCCCCACAACCACACACUCAGACACAUCGAAGUGGCUCUGGAUUAUGCUGGUGGGUGGGUGGCUUUCUGUGAUACUGAUAGCCAGACAGAAAUCUUUUCCUUUCCCCCAGCCACUUUCGCAGGUGAACGACUCUGGCCACUGCUCUGGCUGGGUGAGGGGCCAGCUCUGCUCACACUCUAUCCCUGAGGCCCCCAAAAAUCCACUAUGAACCUCCCAAGUGCAGACACUUCCACCCCAACAAACACUCAACAACAAACAGCCGCACUACCCCGUAGUCCCGUUUCAUUAUCCUUAUAACACCUAAUUUAACAGUAUUAAUCACAUUUCACCCUUUUGCUCCUCAGUGGGAGAACAGGUAUAUUUUUAGUUCCUCAGCUGUUUGUCAGAGGAAGCAUGGACCAGAGAAACAGGGAGGACCUUCCUAAAAGAUUUUUAAGAACUCAUCUAGAGGAAGAAGGUGAGCUUUGCUACUGCUGGAUGCCUCAUAAUAAGGUUUUUCAAGUGGAAACUUUCCUGCUUAGGACUUCUAGAGAAUUUAGGGAAAGUGGGCUACAACCAUGUUUCAUGUCUCCCAAGAUCACUCAGGCUGGGGCCUUUUCAGAGUUUUGCAUUCACUACCAGGAUAAGUAGGGAGAGAGGCCACAGACAGGAUUUCAUACCCCAUUUCACUGCCUACAAGUGAAUAGAAGGGAAAAAAACUGAAUGAACCAGUAUCUUGAAGCAGUAGAAGGUUGUUCUUAGGGUUCAACCAUGUAAUAAAGUGCUGUUAUCAGCAAGCACAGGCAGGACUGGGCAGGUCUUUGCCUCUUGCAGCCCCAGUCACUCCGCCUUCGCUGCCAGGCUUGCUUCCCCAUCCACACGUACUCUUCACAUUGGUCUGAGGAAGAGGAGAAACUACCAGGAAAGGUAGCAACUUUUAUCUUUGUGGCCCUAAUUUUAAACAAGGGUCCUGACAAAACACAGGUCACAGCUAAGCCCAAAUUACAGCCCUGCUCAGUUGUGUAAUUAGUUGUUUCCCUGUUUGGCUUAUGGUGAGGUUGGUCUUUCCUUGAAAGACAAGGUCCAGCAAUGUGUAAAUAAAAGCACUUCUCUGUGGCACCCUUCUCCAACAGAUGAGCUUCCAACACUCCAUCCACUUUUCAUCUGAAAAGCUUUACGGAUAUUUAAUUUGAAAGUCCAUAAAAAAAUAAAAAAUUCUGCCUUCUUGUGUAACUCAACAGCCCCACAGCUGGCUCUCUAGCAUUGGAGUGAGGAGGAAAUCAGCCUCUUUUUGCUCAAGGGCAGCUCAAAAGCAUCGCAUCAGCAGCUGGGAGGGCAGAUGGUUGGGUGUGGAGGGUGCCCCCACUCCUUGAGCAGAGCUAGCAGAUGCACCUCGCAGCCUUCCCACAGGGGCCUGUGGACCCCAAAACCCUCCUGAGUGACAGGCACACCUCAUACCAGUGCAUGAAAGGCUGUGGGGAGCAGCUGAAGAGGUCUUUUUUCCACAACAGACAAAGUUUUUUCCACAAAGCUGGAGCCCAGGGUGCAUUUUUUGGGGGUUUGAGGCUUGAGGAUGAGCAUUUUCAGAGGGAAUUUUGCCAUUGCCUCCUGCUUCUCCCCAUGCUCCUCUCCCACUAAUACCUCAGGAUCAGACUGAGUGGGAGCUGUGCAUCCAAGGGAAGUGCAGCAGGCAUGGAGGGGCAAACCUGAAUGAAGACUCCACGAUGGUGGAGAUGUUGCACCUCCUCCGCUCCUCAUUGGGGAAGUGAAAAAGUGGAUUUUGGGGAUGUGUUUACAACUAUUCAGGUUAAUAAUUUGUUGGGUGCUUAUAAAAAUGGAGCUUAAAAGGCACUUUUUAAAAAAGCAUCUUGUUACAUCUAGAAGACAGAAAAUACAGCUCCAGUGCAAACCAGGGAGGUGUCAGUGGUUUUAAUCCUCUGGUUUUGGGGAGGUUUGCUCCAUUUUGGGUCUUCUCCACAAGGGAGCAGCAAGCACAGUGCGAAAUGGGGAUUUUCCACCUCAGAACAGUGCCCACAGCGAAGAAAUCCCCAAAAUAGAGACAAACUUGUUAAAUGGUGGCCUCUGCACUUCUGCCUUGAGGAUAACGUGCUGAUAAACCCCAACCCCUUUGUUUUGGAGAAGACCGUCCCCUUUUAAGUGAAAAUAAGAUUUGUUGUUUUCAGCACUAGCAGUGGACAUGGGGAGGAAACAGCUCCAAAAAUAUCCCCAACUCUUGCAGAAUUAACCCAAAUCCUGCUUGUGAGGGGGGGGGCAUAAGUUUUUCAGGUAUCACUAGUUUGCCCAGUUCCCCUCCUCACCGGCCUUUCCCCCCUCUUCUUACUCAGUUUAUUGGGAUAAAAUUUCAAAAUUUCAUUUAAUUUUUUUCCAUUUUGUAACUUUCCCUCCUCUGAGAAGACACUUUUUCUCCCCAGAAUGAAGCCAAGCAGGACGUUUCUCCCUCCAAGCCCCUUCAUUGCCCAAAACCCCCUCCAAAAAGCCAGAUCUGAGGAUUAAGCUAGAAGGGGCUCUUUUUAAUGGCUGAAUAUAGGGAAUGAAACUCUGUAGUGCAGUACAGGGCCUCAGCGGCAUGAAUAGAGCUGGUAGCUGGGUUGAGCAAAAGAGGUCUGAAUUUUGGGUGAUUUUUAGUUUUUGCCUUUUAUUCUGUAAAAUAGUCACUUGCAUGGACCCAUGCUUUAGACUUGAAUUUCCCACAUGGAGGAAUUUCCCCUUAGAGUUGUGGUGAGCCAGGUGUGCUUUGCUGCUCACCCAAAUCCUCCACAUGAAAACUCACUAAACUCCAAAAAAAUGAUGAAAAAGGGUGAAAUUGUGAUAGACUGAACUUUCUCUUUAAAUAAACUGGUUGAGCUCAGCCA